AUGGAAGAAGUAGAUGAAUUAAACCUAUGUUCAAUUUGCAAUAAAGUUUUAGCAAGUCGUUUUUGUAUUGGAUUGAGAUCACAUGAUGAAAUUCUUGAUCAAAUAAAAAAGUUAGAAAAACCAAAUUAUUUAUCAUUGGAUCUUUUCGCUCAAAUUGAACGAUGGAAAAAAACAACCAUUAGCAAAGUUGAAAAAGCAGCAGAAAAAGCUCAUCAUGAACUUACCGAACUGAUUGGUAAAAAACAAAUUUCAAUAGCGAAGGAAUUUGAACCAAUUACAAAAGAAAUUCGUUUUCUUCGAGAGCAAGGAAAUUUUGUUGAAACUAAUGUUGAUCGACUUAAACAAAAAAUUAAUCAAGUUAAACAAAAACUUGAACAACUUCUUCCAAAAGAUACAAAUAAAGCUAUCAUUGUUGAUAAUAAUUAUAUUAAUUGGAAUCAACUUAUUUAUAUUCGAGAAGAACGAGAAAAUUUAAUUCCAUAUGAAAUUGAAGUAACAACUUCAGAUGAACAAAAUUCUGGAACGACACAAUAUGGAUGGAUCAUUAUUGAAGGAACAGAGAAUAGAUCAGAGAAAUUCUAUAUGAGAAAUACACCGCGUAACAAUAUCUUACAAGAUGGACAGACAAAUACAUUUACAUUCAACUGUCGGCCACUUGGUGAAUUACGUCGUAUUAUUUUAGGUCAUGAAGAACGACGUGAAUAUUCACUUAGAACAUAUAAAGAACGUGAAGCUAAAUGGCACGUUUCACACAUUACCAUAACCGACCCUUCAACAAGCACUAUAUAUAAAUUUCCUAUAAAACGAUGGAUUCACAUCAAUAAUAAAGGCGAUGUAUUCAAUUAUACUGAUGAACAAGAAAAUGCUGUGGAACAAGAAUAUAUUCGACAAGCAAUUAAGUAUAAAAUUAUUGUUCAUACUGGUGAUGUCUUUAGUGCUAGUACAGAUGCUAAUGUAUCAAUUAUUCUCUAUGGUACUCUUGGUCAUACGGGUAUUCGACGAUUGAAAAAAAAAGAUCAAAAGUUAUUUAGACGCGGUCAAAUUGAUGAAUUUAUUAUCACAUGCUUAGAUUUAGGUCAGUUGAAUAAAUUACAUAUCGAACAUGAUGAUACUUCUUUUACACCUGAUUGGUUUCUUGCUAAAGUUGAGGUUGUUAAUAUGGAAACAAAUGAAACAGUUGUAUUUCCAUGUAAUCGAUGGCUUGGAAAAAAACAUGAUGAUCAUCAAAUUCAUCGAGAUUUAGUACCUAUGGAUGAUUCAUAA